GAUUCAAGUGAACAUAGGCUAUUGUGUGCUGCAUUUGUAGAACCUGCAACAUUCAUUCGCGAACUUGCACUGCGCACCUCCAAAGUCAUCCGUCAAACUAGGACGAAGUCUUUGGGGGCUUCUGCCCCUUCACUGUGGCAGAAAUGUCUCAGGGCGGGAGCAUCGUGUCUCCAUCUGUCUUUGCCGGGCUCCGCCUUGACAGCACGAGCCCCUUGAGCAUCCAGGAGGCUAUCGAUCAGCUCGAUCAAUACCAGAACCAGGUUCGCAUCAACCUCUUCCGCCUACUCCACCGCCUAGCCAACCAGCCUGGCGAGGCGCUCGAUGAAGCUCUGGGGCAGCUGGCGGCGCAGCCGGACAAAAUUAUCCAGGAGAGCCCCGAGGCGAGCAUCCUGCCGCACAUCGCAACCUACCGGGAGAUCGUGUCCCGCAUCAAGAUCCUCACGGCGGAGGUGAGCCGCAAGCAGGCGGCGGAGGAGGUGCAGAAGCAGGUCGACGAGUUCGAAGAGCGGCUGGCGGCAGGCGGCCUGUCGGACGCCGCCUACUGCUGUGUGCAGCUGGGCAAGACCGCCGCCGAUGCCGAGGAGGAGCUGGCGGAGCGCGAGGCGCGGCAGCAGCAGCAGCAGCAGCAGCAGCAGCAGCAGCAGCAGCAGCAGCAGGCAGGAGGGGAGGGCGGCGGGGCAGGGGCAGGCGAGGAAGCGGAGGAUGGCUCCGAGGCGCCUCCGCGUGUCACGGUGGAGAGCGUGGCUCUGCUGCAGGAGACGGCGGAGCGGUGCGGCGCCAAGCUCAGAGAGGUGUUGGACGCCUGCUGUGAGGAGGUGGUGGUGGUGGAGUCCAGCGCUCCCGGCGGCAGUGGUGGUGUGGUGACGGUGCGCUCGGCCCUGCACGGCGGCGCCACCCGUGUGCCCGACCUGUUCGCGGCACUGCAGGUGCUGGGGCUGCAGGAAACCUACCUGCGCCGUAUCACAGACCGGCUGGUCUCGGGUGCGCUGCAGCCCGUGCUGGCCGCCGCACCCUGCCUCGUCACCGUCACAAGCCCGCCGCAGCCCGGCGGCGCCGCCAUCCUCACCUGGGCGCCCGCGCCGCCGGGGGCGGCGCCGCCGCCGCGGGGCGGCAGCGCCGGCGGCGCGGGCCCCGGCGGGCCGGUUGACGCGGAGCACUGCUGCCAGCACCUGCUGCGGCUGCUGGCCACUGGGCUGCUGGAGUUUGAUGAGGGGCUCAUGGAGGUAUUCGGCGUGCCCUUCUGGCGCGCCGCCGCCGACUGCUACAUCUCAGCCGUGGCGCGGCCCUUCAUCGCCGCCAACGCGGAGGACGUGGACGGCUGCGAGGCGGUGGCGGCGGCGGCGGCGGACCUGGAGGCGUUCGCGGAGAGCCUCAGCUUCGCCAGCGGCGAGGAGCCCUACCUGGCGCCGGCGGUGGAGUCGCUUGCCCGCCACGCGCUGUCCAGCCGCCAGGAGAAGUACCUGGAGCAGGCGCGACGGCUGCUGGUGGGAGACCUGCCCACAGCAGCCGGCAGCCAGGCCAGCAGCGGCGGCGCGGCGGCAGCCGCGGCGGCGGCAACGGCGGCGGGUGCUGCUGGCAGCGCGGAUGCGCACCCGCAGCACCCUCAGCACCAAGAGGCGUCGGCAGGCGGCGCGGCGGCGGGCGGCGCGAGCUGGGAGACGGUGACGGCGGGCGCGCCGCUGGUGGUGGACCAGGAGUACUACAGCCGGCUGGCGGCGGGGGAGCUGCAGGACUGGGAGCUGGCCGACCCGCCCUGCGGCUGCGACACCUCGGGCCCGCUGCUGCCCGGCACCGGCUGCUACCUGGUCACACGCCGCGCGGUGGCGGUGGUGGCGCUCAUCACCGGGCUGCUGGACGACGCGUGCGCGGGCAGCCGGGCUGUGUGCCGCUCCCUGCGCGGCGCUGUCAGCAGCAUUGCGCUGCUGGCGCGCACCCUGCCGCCGCUGGUGUACGGCAGCGGCGGCCCGGGCGGCGGCGGCGGCGGUGGCGAGUCCCUGGGCUCCGUGCCGCAGCUGGGCAUGCUAGCAGCCAACGACCUGCAGCACCUCGCCAACAGCCUGUUGCUGCUGAGUCAGGCGUACGGCGACGCACUGGAGGCGGCGGGCGGCGAGCCGGCGGCGCCGGGGCUGGUGGAGGAGGCUCUGGCGCUGAGGGCGGCGGCGCGGGGCAUCAUGCGCGAUGUGCUGAAGCACCAGCAGUCCGCCAUGGACGACUUGCUGUGUGGCCUGGACCGACUGAGGGGCGUGGGCACCUCGGACGCCAAGGUGGGCAUGCGGCACCGGCGAGUGGUGCAGCAGCUGUUGCACAGCCUGGGCCGGCUGGGGCGGCUGGCCUGCGACACGCUUACGCCCGAGGACUGCGUGGGCGCGGCGGCAGCGGUGCUCAACCACGUGUGCGGGCAGCUGGUGGCGGCGGUGCUGGCCAAGGGGGACCUGGGCCACGACGAGUGCGGCGAGCUGGCGGCCCUGUUGGAGCCGCUGGCUGACGGCGGACUGGACGCGUGGCUGGCGGCGGCGAGGGCGGCGGGAGGCGCCGAGGGCGGCGAAGGAGGCGGCGCGCAGCUGUCCGGCAUACCCCUGUCGGUGGUCUCCGCCGCCGCAACGGCGCGCUGCCACCAGCUGCGUAAGCUGCGGUGCCUGCUGCGCGUGCUGGGUUCAGACACGCUGUCUGCCAUCGCGUCCGACUGGGAUCGCGGCUACCUGUCGGCAUUGGCAGCUCCGGAGCUGGAGGCGCUGCUGCUGGCCAUCAGCGAGGACAGCCCCAACAGGCGCGCGCUGCUGGCGAAGCUGCAGGCAGCUGCGUAAUGGCGCGGCGUGAGGAGGGCGGGAGGGGCGGGGCGGGGGGGGGUCGUUUGGGUGGAUGGGGGAGGCGGACUGGAGGAGUGGGGGCCAGCCAGGCGGGGGACAGGCCUUUGGGGGGUGGCGCGUGCGCCGUUGGAAAAGGUGUGUGUCAAGUGUGGAGGGUGGUUGACGGCGCCGAGGUAGGGCAGUACCCAAUUAGUUGAUUUCUUUAGAUUUUGGGUCGAUGUGUACCAGGUGGAGGACGUGCGAAUGGAGGGGAGGGGAGCCUGGCGGCGCCACACCAGCCCAAUAAAAUGCACGCAUCGGCCUGGGUGGCCUGGGGUUCUGGAAGGCCCGAUGCAGGCC